GAAGGCAAGAGAAAAAAAGGUGAAGUCACUCGCAGGUAAUGCUAAUAAAUGUCGCAAAUUGACAGACCUUUUUGGCAGCAGCGCCGCUGCUACAACUACAAGCACUAUCAUCACCAGCAGCAGCUUAGAACAAGUGCAUGAUGAAGAGAAUGAUGAGGGCGCGAUUUCAUAUAUACAGCCAGCCUCCUGCGUUCAUGAGGGACAGAGAGUUGAGCUGGUGGAAGAACCAGCUCAACUGGCACAUGCAAGUGCAGGGCAAGAGCAAGAGGUGGUAAGUACUAUAGAGAAGACAAGUAUAUUCAACCUAGUGUUUCCAGUUAGUGUGUGGUGUGUUGCUCAUGCAAGCAAUAAAAUAAAUACAACUGAGAGUAGGUGUAAUAGACUAUAUUAAAAAAAAGUAUAGAUUAAACAAAAGUGUAUUACUUGUCAACAUUUAAGUAUUAAUUCAAGUAGUAGCCUAUAGUAUUAUAAAAAUAAUUAACAUUAUUUUUAUCAUUAAUUUAUAAUUGUCUAUAGGUUGAGGAUGGAACAAGGACUGAGGAUGACAGCCACUCACACGGCAGCUCAAGCCUGAGGUAUUUCCAACGCCCAAAUUCCGACAAUCACAGUCUCAAUAGUUUUUUUUCCUAUCACCCUCAGACCAAAACAAAAUAUUUGACAGUACAAAGACUGUUUAAACGCAUGAACGGCACAGAUAGAAAAUGGCUCACAUACUGUGAAGAGAAUCACACAUUGUAUUGUGGAGUAUGUUUAGCAUUUGCCAAGCCAUCUGAAAACAAUCCCUUUGUAAGUGGCAUGCAGGACUGGAACCAUAUCAGUCAGAGAGUAGAGGAACACGAAAGGACCAUCAUGCAUAGAAUGUGUGCGGAGGCCUACUUUUUGAGGGUAUCCAAAUCAGACAUAGCCAGCCUACUACAUGGAUCACAAGUAGUGGCCCACAGAGAUCAAGUGAAGAAGAAACGGCAGGUGUUGGAACGUGUGGUAGAUGUAGUAAAGUUCAUAGGAAAGAGAGGACUUGGCUACAGAGGGAAGGAAUAUGAGGCAGCAUACACUCUAGAUGAUGACAACAUUGACCAUGGGAAUUUUCUAGAGCUCAUCAUUCUUCUUGGAAAAUAUGAUGUGUGUCUGAAAGAACAUAUCACUGAGUGCACAGAAAAAAGUAAGAAGAUGCACCAGUCACAGGCUAAAGGUCGGGGUUCUGCUGUAACAUUCCUAUCCAAAACAACUGUAAACAACGUCAUUUCCACAGUGCAGAGGCUAAUUCAGGAGACCAUUGCAAAAGAGGUUGCUGAAAGCGGUAUGUUUUCUGUACAAAUAGAUACAACCCAGGACAUUACGUCCCAUGAGCAGUGUUCUGUGAUUCUGAGAUACGUCACAGACACUGUUCAGGAAAGGCUUCUUGCAGUGGUCAAAUGUGAAGCAUCCACUGGCCAAUAUUUUGUCCAGAUGCUGACAGAUGUAAUGGAUCGUUUUGAUUUGGAUAUCAGCAACUGCAUCAGUAAUGCUACAGAUGGUGCAUCCAACAUGCAGGGUCAAUAUCGAGGCUUCUCCGCACUCCUGUCAUCCAAAGUCCCAAACCAUGUACAUGUUUGGUGCUAUGCACAUGUGCUAAACCUUGUUCUGUCUGAUACAACUGAAGUGUCCAUAGCUAGUGGGUCCCUUUUCUCCCUCAUGAAUGACAUUGCUGUGUUCAUUCGCGAGUCAUACAAAAGAAUGAAUGUGUGGGAGCAUAAAAGCCAGGACACUCGACACAGACGCCUCUCCCCAAUUGGAGAGACACGGUGGUGGGCUAAAGAUGUAGCCUUGAAGAAGAUCUUUGGCUCAUUUGGAAAGCCAGACCAGUCUCUGUACAUUGAUGUCUUCAUGACACUAAGUGAAUUUCAAAGUCAGGCCAAUUUGAAAACUGCAGUGCGUGUCAGAGCAAGAGGAUUCCUAGAGGCGCUCCUGAGGUACGAGACAGUGUUGACUGCCCAGCUUUUCCUUCGGAUUUUUGAAGUGACAACACCUCUUUCAAAAUACUUGCAGACAUGUGGACUAGAUAUCCUCUCUGCUCACAGGAUGGUUCAGGACACUCAACAUGCACUGAUGAACAUGACAAGAGAUUUCAUGACAGUGAAGACAGCUGCUGAUACUUUUGUUGAGUGGGCAAAUGCAAAACUGGAGGCAGAAGAGGACUGUGAGCUUGAGUUGGAAACAACACUUCCACUGAAGAGGAACAGGAAAAGGAAGAUGAUGGCUGGCGAAAUGGCAAGUGAUGAGAGAUUGACAGAUGCAAACAGGGCUUAUGAAGUAGAGGUCCAUAACCAGGUCCUGGAUACUGUCACAGACAGUAUCAAACGACGCUUCAUGACCCACGGCACUCUGUAUGCUGACUUGGCUGUCCUUGAUCCAAGAAACUUUCCCCAAGUGUGUUCAGCAGAAGUUCUGCCUGACUCUACAUUUCAAGAUCUAAGCAAAUGCUUGCUUAGGUUUGACAGCAGGGCAACUGCUGCAAAUUUGCAGUCUGAGUUGAAGUGUCUGGCAGCCCAGUAGCCACGGCUUAAAAUGUCUGCACUUGAAGAGUACAGAGUACGAAUUUGCUCUGGUUGUGAGGAAGAAGAGACAGAGGUUUUAAACAAACAGUGCAACUCUUGUAAAGAAUGCUCAAUAUGUUGCUACCAACUUCUGAAACGCUACAACCUCUUCACAGAUGCCUAUCAGCUCCUUGGUUUAGGAUACAAGUUUCUUCUCACUCUGCCUGUGACACAGGUAGCUUGUGAGAGAAGUUUCUCUGUACUCAAGCACAUCAAAAGCCGAAUAAGGAGCACACAGUCACAAGAACACCUGGAAGCAUUCAUGCUUAUGUCAACAGAAAAAUACAUCCUCAUGUCCCUCGACAAUGACUUGGUCAUCGACAGAGUUGCAGAAAAAAGCAACUUACUAAAGAAACUGCUGAUUCCCCAACAUUAGGUUUACAAACCGCCUCAGACAAUCUUGUUUAUUUCUUUUAGGUGAGAAUUAUCCCUUAAACUGCAGCCUAAUAAACAGCUGAUUUGUGUGUGUGUACUGUUAUAUGAUGUCCCAUGUGUUAAGACAUCUGAGGAGUGUCCUCCCUAUUCUCUUUAGGGGAGAAUUAUCCGUUGAACCGCAUAAUAAACAGCUGAUUUAUAAUAA